AAUGCUGCUAUUUUUAUGCCCUCCUUUGGGAUUUGCCAGUUGUCCUUUCUGAUUAUUUUCUGGAACAGAGCUUCAAGAAACCUUGCCUGGUAUAUUUACUACUCCCGGUUUCUGUCUUUUCAGGUUUCUUCAUCGCCAGCGGCUACAGAACCAACAAAACCCCGUCCUAAAAAAGCACCGGAGCUGCCAAUCCUAGAGAGGAAGAACUGGCUGAUUUAUCUGCUCUAUGUCCGCAGAGACUAUGAGGAGUGUAAGGCUGUCAUCAAAGAGCAGCUCCAGGAGUCCCAAGGGCUCUGUGAAUAUGCUGUCUAUGUACAAGCUUUGAUAUUUCGCUUGGAGGGGAAAAUUCAAGAAUCUCUUGAACUUUUCCAGACAUGUUCCAUUCUGAACCCUCGAAGUGCUGACAACCUCAAGCAGGUGGCACGAUCCCUGUUUCUCCUGGGGAAGCAUAAGGCAGCCAUCGAAGUGUACAAUGAAGCAGCAAAACUCGAUGAGAAGGACUGGGAGAUCAGCCACAACCUGGGGGUGUGCUACAUGUACCUGAAACACUUCAACAAGGCACGAGACCAGCUCAACAAUGCCCUGGAGCUCAACAGACACGAUCUGACCUACAUGAUGCUGGGCAAAAUUCACCUCUUGAAGGGGGAGAUGGAUAAAGCUAUUGAAGUAUAUAAGAAAGCUGUGGAGUUUUCUCCAGAAAACACAGACCUCCUCACAGCCCUGGGCCUACUGUACCUGCAGACUGGGGAGUACCAGAAGGCUUUUGAACACCUUGGAAAUGUGCUUACCUAUGACCCAGGCAACUACAAGGCCACCCUGGCUGCUGGCAGCAUGAUGCAGGCCCACGGGGAUUUCGAUGUCGCCCUCUCCAAGUACAAGGUGGUGGCCAGCAGUGUUCCUGAGAGCCCCCCGCUCUGGAACAACAUUGGCAUGUGCUUCUUUGGGAAGAAGAAAUACGUGGCAGCUAUCAGCUGCCUAAAGAGGGCAAACUACCUGGCUCCCUUUGACUGGAAGAUCCUGUACAACCUGGGCUUGGUGCACCUCACAAUGCAGCAGUAUGCCUCGGCCUUUCACUUCCUCAGUGCUGCCAUCAACUUCCAGCCCAAGAUGGCAGAGCUCUACAUGCUCCUGGCAGUUGCUCUGACCAACCUUGAAGACAUCGAGAAUGCCAAAUGUUCCUAUGAGCAAGCUGUGGCUUUGGACAAGUGCAACCCCCUCGUCAACCUGAACUACGCUGUCCUGCUCUACAACCAGGGCGACAAGCAGGGGGCCCUGAGCCAGUAUCAGGAGAUGGAGAGGAAGGUCACUGUGGCCAGGGAGAGCAGCGUGCCCGACUUCGACCCUGAGAUGGUGGAGAUGGCCCAGAAGAUGGGGGCUGCCCUGCAGGUUGGGGAGAGCCUGGUCUGGACCAAACCUUCUAAGGAGUCCAAAUCCAAGCAGAAAGCUGCUGUGUCAGGGAAAUCCAGCUCUCAGCAGCCUUUGGGCUCCAACCAGGCCCUGGGUCAAGCCAUGUCCUCUGCUGCAGGGUAUGGGAAAACCAUGCAGCUCCCCCCAGGUGCUGCAACACCAGCUCUGCCAAAAAAGCCUCCCUCCCUGCCACUGGAACCAGAACAGGAGCAGGACUCAGAAACAAGCCCUGAGGAGAACUCAGCUCCCACAGGGGAUGAGGAGCAGAGGAAGGAGAAGGACCAGAGCCAAGAGGCAGGAGAGUAGGGCAGCUCUGGGCAGCACAGGUGGUGCAAGAGCCUCUCCAGGGCUGCCUGGGAUUUGGGAAAGGGAACUGCCCUACCCUGCCCCAUGGUGGCUUCUCCCCACUGUCAGUUAGUCUGGAUGCAGCUGUUUUCUAUCAGUGAUUUUAGCUUGUGGGCUCUGCCACAUUCCAAGGAGUCACUGCAGUGACCAGAGGUUUCUGUGUAGCUACUCUUAGUGCAGUCACAACACACUACAGAACUGGAGGGUCCAGCUCUCCACAGGUUGGGUGUGAGUCCUCCAGAAGGAUCUUUAGCAAAGCCAGCAGUAGUGCUUUAGGAUCCUGGAUGGCGAGGAGAGUCAAACCCUUCCAGUGGCUGAACUGGUGAGCAGCUGAGUUUGCAUAAGGAACCAGUAAACUGAAACUUCAGGGCUCUGUAUUUGCUGGUGAAGCUCCCUAGCUGUUUGACAAUGUAUUUCCUGCUUUUACUUCUGCACUGUUGGACUGUAUCCCUCCAUAAUUACCAGUCCAGGAGAGGAAGGUUAGUCAUGGAAACAUCUUGGAGGCAGCAGUGUACAGGCAGCAUGAGCAGGGCUCUGGGUACCUCCCAGCCUUCAGCUGUGCUUUGUGGUUUGUUGCUCUUAUCCUGAAAGACAUUCAUGCAUCUUUAGAGCCCAGCCAGGAGCUGAAGUGCUCUCCUCCUCCCUGAAGGAACACUGAAAGAGUAGGACCCCUCACUUUCCCCUGGGUUCUGAUAGCCCGAACUGACUGCUUAUCUUAAAUGUAGCUUUUUUUUUCCCUUCAGGUGUCCUUUCUACUGGGUUUUGUGUCAGUUCAGCCCCAGGACAGCACUUCUGUAAGGAUUCCCUCCUGCCAGGAGUUAAACAGAAUUUUUUUGUAGAGUGCUGGCAAAUUGAAACAAACCAGACGAGAAACUGUCAGUCAGGUACAGUGCAGAGAUUUUUAUUCACAUUUAACUUCUUACACUGAAUUUUCCUGCAGCCUAACAGAGUACAUGGGAAGAAAAGGUGAGGAUUGAAGAGCAGGGGUGGGCAGGGGCUGCGAAUUCUUCACUUCAGCCCCAAAACUUUAAUUCAAGGCAGAUUUUUGUCCUAUGAUGCUUUGAUGGGAUAAGUGUCACACUGGGAGCACGUACUGCACUCAGAGGUACUGUGAAGGGAUUUAUUUUAAAUAUAUAUUUUGUGAAAAGCUUAUGCAACAGUGAACCAAUUCUUCUAUGAAAUGAAGCAGUAGCACCUUCUUAAUUUCUGGGAGCUUCAUGUUUAGGGGAGCAUUUUUAAAUAUGUAAUUCCAGUUGGAUAAUAAAUAGAGCUGCAAUUCG